CCUCCGCUAACUCACAGGGAUUCCCUCCCUAACCAAUCACUUCAGAGCAUUGGGACUGCCCCGAACAAAGAUGGCGGGAGAAGCCUCGGUGAGGGCAGACUGAUUCGAAGAGCAGAAUCCGAGGCGGAUAGCCCAGGCAGUGGUAGCGGCGUGGCCCGGACCAUGGAGGAGGGCGGCAGCACUGGCGGCGGUGGCAGCGACUGCAGCACUAGCGGGAGUGGCGGGGCGCAGCAAAGGGAGCUGGAGCGCAUGGCUGAAGUCCUAGUCACUGGAGAACAGUUACGACUCAGGCUGCAUGAAGAAAAGGUCAUUAAAGAUAGACGACAUCAUCUCAAAACCUACCCAAACUGUUUUGUUGCAAAAGAAUUGAUUGACUGGCUGAUUGAACACAAAGAGGCUUCCGAUAGAGAGACGGCAAUUAAGCUCAUGCAGAAAUUAGCAGACCGGGGCAUUAUUCAUCAUGUGUGUGACGAGCAUAAGGAGUUCAAGGAUGUCAAACUCUUCUACCGCUUCAGAAAGGACGAUGGCACCUUCCCGCUGGAUAAUGAGGUGAAGGCGUUCAUGCGAGGACAGAGGCUGUAUGAGAAGCUGAUGGCCCCUGAAAACACACUCUUACAACCCAGGGAAGAAGAAGGAGUCAAGUAUGAGCGCACCUUCAUGGCAUCUGAAUUCCUGGAUUGGCUGGUUCAGGAAGGUGAGGCCACCACAAGAAAAGAGGCUGAGCAGCUUUGCCAUCGGCUUAUGGAGCAUGGCAUCAUACAACAUGUGUCCAACAAGCACCCGUUUGUGGACAGCAAUCUUCUCUACCAGUUCAGAAUGAACUUCCGUCGGAGGAGAAGACUGAUGGAGCUUCUCAAUGAAAAGUCCCCCUCCUCCCAGGAGGCUCAUGACAGCCCCUUCUGCCUGAGGAAGCAGAGCCACGACAAUCGGAAAUCUACCAGCUUCAUGUCAGUCAGCCCCAGCAAGGAGAUCAAGAUCGUGUCUGCGGUGCGGAGGAGCAGCAUGAGCAGCUGUGGCAGCAGCGGCUACUUCAGUAGCAGCCCCACCCUCAGCAGCAGCCCCCCUGUGCUCUGCAACCCCAAAUCUGUGCUCAAGAGGCCAGUCACUUCUGAGGAGCUCCUGACUCCUGGGGCACCAUACGCAAGGAAGACGUUCACGAUUGUUGGCGAUGCGGUUGGCUGGGGCUUUGUGGUAAGAGGAAGUAAGCCAUGCCACAUCCAGGCUGUGGAUCCCAGUGGCCCUGCAGCGGCAGCAGGAAUGAAGGUCUGUCAGUUCGUUGUCUCUGUCAAUGGGCUCAAUGUGCUGCACGUAGACUACCGGACCGUGAGCAAUCUGAUUCUGACAGGCCCACGGACAAUUGUCAUGGAAGUCAUGGAGGAGUUGGAGUGCUGAGCAGCUGUCCCUCCAGGCCUCCAGUGGCCCAUGGGUGACCAGAGUGACACAAUAACACAAUGACAACACUUCAUGCGAAUGGAUGGCUUUGGACAUAGGAAAUUUUUCUUUGUGCAUACACAUCUUAAAAUUGAGUUUCAUACACUGUUUGAAUGUGGAAGAACCGGGUAACACAUAUUUUAAAAAACAUUUGGGAACUAGAGUUUUCCUACAUGAUGGAAUUGCCUUAUUAGAUUUCUAGGUGUAGUUCUCAUUCAUUGUAUUUUUAAAUCUUAGUUUGCAGAAAGCUGUUAAAAUGUUUUUCUACCCAGAAGAGCAACAUGCUAAAAUUCCCCUUUUAGGAGUCAUUAGUUGUUACAGACUUUAAAUUGUACUUUUAAGCUGGGCACAGUAGUAUGUACCUGUAGUCCCAGCUACAUAGGAGGCUGAGGCAGGAAGAUGGCUUGAGCCCAGGGGUUCCAGGGUCACAAGGCAUGAUCCCAUCUCAAAAAAGAAAAGCAACAAACAAACAAAAACUUUCACCCAAAUUAGCAGGGAAUUGUUUAAUCGAGGGUCUAGAUUUCACCAAGCUUCAAACGAAAGUGACAUCCAUAGGAAUAUGACCUGUUAACCAGCCUUUCCAAAAAGGUUCUAAAGCAUUGAAGUGAUUAAAAGCCAUUAUAAAAUGACAAGUUCCUUAAUUAUUUCCUUCAGUAUCAACUUUUAACUUAAUGUUAAUUAGGACAUUAGAUUAAAAAAAAAAGAAAGAAAGAAACCUUGUCAUGCUGUGAGCAGGUAAAUAGGGAAAUAAUGAUCUUUUACUGAGAUGAUGAUUAUUUUUACUGAGCCUAAAUCAUUUGGUUCUAUAAAUCAGCUAUAACCAUUUUCUAGAAUUAAUUCUAAAUAUACUGAAUGUGAAUAGAAGAAGUUUGUGCAUAGACGACACGUGAAGCUCAAAAUCAAGCCUUCUAGCAAGGGUUUUACUUUGCAGGUGUCCACUUUUAAGGUAAAUAUUCUAGAAUUCAGCUUCUGUGUGAUAAAACUUGAAACUCUGAAUUGCUUUCUUAAGCCCAAAUUGUUGCUGGCCUUCUAAUGCAACAUAUUCCAAGGACAUGACAUGCUGCUCAUCAGGGGGAUUAUUUUCACCGAAAUUGCCAUCUGGGGUAGGGAUUUUUCAUCUUUGUUGUACAUAUGCACGAUUCCUUUUUUGGUCUAGGAAAGAGUACAUCUUGGGUCUUGGUAUGUAGAGGUAGUUCCUCAAAGUGCCAAAUGAAGGAGUCUGGGAAUGCUAAAUUCUUUUUAUCAUUUCCCAUAAACAGCAAGAUUGCUUUCUUAAUAUGCUCUAACAAAGUAAGAGUGUUGUACCUCAGUCAUUUCUUGGUGAUAGGUUAUCACCAUACAUUGGUACCAGCGGAUGGGAAAACAUGCUGAAGAUUUUAUACAUAUAUAUAUAUAUAUUUUUUCCCUGGUAAUCCAACUUUUCUAGCUGUAGUCAGAGGACAGGAUUUUGAAGUAAUAUUGAAUGUCUAGCAUUAAUAUUGUCAAUCUGUAUUUGAGAAAGAUGAUUGCCUCCACGUGUGUGUGUGUCUCUACUGCGUGUCGGGCUCUGUGCUGUGUGGUAUUUGCUGUAUAUGAUUUCCUUCCCUCCUCAUCACAGUCUUUUGAGGUAGAUAUCACCACCCACAUUUUUCAGAUGUGGAAACUAAGUCUGAGCAAGUUUGAAUUUGAUCUCUAAGCUCAAACAGCUGCCAAAACUACUGCAUCCUACAGCCCGAGUUCAAACACCCGGUAGUUUCCUGCUAAAGCCCGUGUUACCCCUCCCCUCCAAACUUUCCCCAUUUAGGGACCUUAUAUUGGAAGCUCUCAUAUGCCAGGUGCCAUGCUAAGACUUGACCUGUUUGUCUUUAAUGAGCUGUGAGGCCAAGGCCAGCGUUAUCCCCAUUGUACACGUGAGGAAACCCACUUGUAAAGAGGUUAGUCAUAUGCCCAAACCACACCACUAGUCAGUAGGAAAACAUACUACCUGGGUUUUUUUUCCCAUUUUUUUAUUAGCUAUUUAUAUGUAUAGUAGUUGGUUACCACCUGGUUUUUAACAACAUUUCCUGUAGCAUCUUUUAAAGAUGGGUCUUAGAUGCUUUAUUUCUCCAGGUUUUCAUUAAUUGACAAGAGAAGAAAGAACACCUUUCAAAAAAUGCCAUCUUCUCACCUGCUGCCUGUACAUUUUACUGAGAUCCCAAGGCCCACCGUCUUGAACCCUGGGAAAUAUAAUUUCCCGUCAGCUAACCUGAGCACCAGAGAAGUACCUGUACUCCACACAGCCUCCUCCUGCCAGGGAGCGGAGGCAGAGAGGGUUUCUUUGGCUCUCAUCACCCUCAGUUUAAAGGCCAAAUGCCAGAGGGUCUCUUAAGGCCACAAGAGCUGUACAUUAGCCACUCCUCCGCCCACCCCAGUGUCCUCCGACCUGAGUCACAGUGAAUGCCCCUGUGUCCCCCGUCCUCAUCUCACUGUCCUCAGGGUGUGCACCUGCUGUUUCUCUUUCCUAGAAUGUCCUAUCUCCUUCUUUACCCAGGAAUCUCUUUCUUCUUAUUAACCCACCCCUUACAUAUUAUCUCCUCUGAGAAGCCUUUGUUGCCAGUUUCCCAAUUCUGGCAUUCAUGCCCCUUCUCCGAAUUCCUAUAAACCUUGAGUCAGUCCCACCCUAACCCCAUUAUAGUACCAAUGACAUUCCUUUGAAAUUGCUCCGCCUCCGGACUGUCUCCCAGCCUAGAUGCUGAGCAUCUGCAGAAUAAGGAUGUCUUGGUACCCAGGAGGAUAUCCCUUUACCUAACAUAGUUCCUGACACAGAGGAGAAUUCCAGCUGUUUAUUGUUGCCCAACAACCUCCCCCUAAAUUUCUUUGCUCCCGACCCUACAGGUUGUCGGUUGGGGCAGAAUUAAGCUGAGGUGGCCCACCACUGCCCCACGUUUGUGGUUAGUGAGCAGUUGGUGGAGGCUGCUGGAUCUUGGGUGGUGCUGCAGUUUGAAUCUUGAAAACCCCUGAAGACCCGUGUGUUAAAGAUUUGUUCCCCAGAGUGAUAAUAUUGGGACAAUGGUGGAAACUUUUGAGAGGUGGAACCUUGUAGAAGGUCCUUAAGUCAUAGGAGUAUGUCCUUGAGAGGGACUGGGAGGCCCUAGUCCUUCCUCUUUUUCUUCCUAGCCAUCAGUUGAGCACUUUUGUUUCACCUUCUACUCCUGCUGUGAUAUCCUGCCUCACCAUAGACCCCAAAGCAAUGGCCAAUUGAUGGCCUGGAACCUCCCAAAAUGAGCUAUAGUAAACCUUUUCUCUUUGUAAGUUAAUUAUCUCAGGUAUUUUGUUAUACUGAUGGAAAGCUAACAAACACAGAUGGUCUUAUGCAUAUGUCUUAUAGUGGGCUGGGACUGUGGGCCAAAUUGCCUACGUUUCCACUGCAUUUUACUAUUCCCCAGAACUAGCCCAGGCUGAGAUUAAAUAUACUGUAGUACCUUUCUUCUACUUGCUUAGAAGUUACAUAGUUUCACUUCCACACCAUUUUAUGAGCCAAAAGGAGUCAUAAAGUUAGUCCAGAACUACGGGGUAGGAAACAAGAUGCCUCCUUUUUAUGGGUCAAUUUCAAAGAAUUUGUAGCCAUUUUUAAUCCACCUAGAGUGGGACACCACCCCUCCCACCCCAUUUGUUUAAUAAAUCCCAACAGGUAACCUAGCUACAGAAAGCUUUUCUCUAUCCAGAUGCAAAUUACUAGUCAGCAUCCUGGGUAGAGUGUAAUAUUGAAUCAAAGCUGUUUCUAAUGAAAACUUCAAGUCAGAAAAUCCUAAAAUGAUAGGCCAUGUGGGGCAUGGCUCAGUCUUUUCAUUUGAUGACCAAGGAAACAGAAUGGUCACGUGACAUGCUCAGACCCACGAAGUUUGCUGGGUGAGAGCUUAGGCCAGAGGCCCUGCUCCUCCUCCUAACCAGGGCCUAUGCAGUCCUGCUGUGUAGCCCAGGGUAAUGUUGCCAGAAUGGGCCUUUGGCUUGCGGGCAUUCAGCAAAGGAAAGAGGUCUGUAAAGGCAAGGGAAUAGAGUUUUAAUUGAUCUGUCUAGAAUUGUUAAAUCAUAUCAUAAAACAAUAAGUAUUCUACCUGAUAUUUUCACAGUUUUCUGCUUUAAAAUUUAAAAACCCAUUUCUAAAUGUAGCACAAAAAAAUAUCUUAAAUGAAUAAGAGCAGUGUUUCUAGGAGCUUUUAUUUCGUGUGUGUGUGUGUGUGUGUGAGUGUGUCUGGACUGUGCCUUCCCCACAUAGGGCACGGGUAUUGUGUGAGGUUUUACUCACACCCAGGGGCCUCUGAUAUCUUUCUUUGCUCCCUUCUUUGCUCACUUUUGAUUUUUCAGGUGUUUGUGUAUGUGAUGAGUUUAUCUUUUGGUGAUGGAAAGGAAUAUAGUUUUUGUUUCUUCAUUAAUUCAAUGUGUGCAAAUUUGAAAGCCAUGUUUGUAUAGAGAGAAAUGCAGCUACCUUUUGGGUUGAGUCUUGAGGUAAUCUUUGUUAAAUAAUUGUAUAAAUUAAUAAGACGUUAAGUUGAUAAAUGGGGAAUAACUUGGAGAUGAUAAUCAUUAUGUGUGUGGAUUAGUGUGAUCGACUUCACACCAUCUUAUAAAAGGUGGCUAUACCACAGGGACAGGUAAUUCAUAUUUAAAAUGUUACUGCUGAAAGUUUGUUCAUAUUGGAAUCUCACAUUUUUAAAUACUGUUUCCUUUCAAAUGUAUUGUGAAAAUAAUCUGCUGUCUUAAAGAGAGACCUGUUUUAAAUUGUUGAGAUUAACUAUUCUCUCCUGUUGAGUAUUAAUCCUGUUUAAUUUUUUUUAUUAUAAAUGAUCAGAAUAACUCUAGAACAUGUUGGUUUUGCUAAUUGGUUGAAAUCUGUCACUGUCAUUGACCAUGGUUUUAAUCACUUAAGGCAGAUUUUCAGGUGCAAUGUAUCUUUCUUCAUUUCAAUACCAAAACACAAAUGCGCUAUGUACCAAAAUGAAGUUCAUUGUCAAAGAUAGCAUAUGGUAUUGUUAAAUGAAUCAAUAAAUGUACUUAAUAUAUAUCUUUAAAA